AUGCGGGUGGGCCUUGCGGACGAGGUGGGCUUGAAACCAGCGCGCGCUGUGAUCGACGCGUUCUGUCCGUAUGAACGCGGGCCUAUGUCCAUCUGCGCCAACGCCUGCGGCGCGAGCUCCAGGGGCUUGUCGAAGACCUCGUGCCCGUGGACCUUCUCGCACGCCCGAGUGCCGGCCUUCCUGGCCCACUCCGUCACCGGCGACGCGGCCGCCGCCCGCGAGCUGCACCGCCGCUGCGGCGCGCAGCAGGGCUGGCAGCGGCGCCCGAAGGCGCUCAACUUGGGGCCGCUGUUCCGGACCCGGCUGGCGGGCUACCGCCACCAGCGCACCCGCGAGAUCGAGUGGGGCCCUGGCCCCCAGCUGUAUUGGGAGCGCGGCGACCGGCCGCUGCGGCUACUGCGCAUGACGCAGGAACCCGUCCGCGUGCGGUUUGCGCGCUCGGAGGGGCCCUUCGGCUUCCACCUGCAGGACUCCCGCAGCGGUGGCGGGGUGGAGGUCGUGGAGGUCGUCGAGGGCAGCCCCGCGGAUGCGAGGGGUGUCGUCGUGGGCCGCACAGUGAAGCGCCUGUGCUUCGGCGACCGCGUGGAGGACGCGCGGCACUGGGCCCGCGCGGAGAUCGAGGAGGCGCUGAGCCGGGCUCCGGAGCACUUCACCAUCGAGUUCGGGAAGGGCGACACGGAGGAGCGGCGCCACGCUCCCCUGGGCGACGCCGAGAUGGCGAUCCUCAUGGACGAGCGCUUCAUGCGGGGGUUCCUCCACGAGCUCCUGCAGGGGCUGGAGGAGUCCGGCCAGCACGGCGCUGCCAGCUCCUUCGACCACGAGGGCUGGAGCACGGCCCUCCCCGGGCUGCAGGCCGCGAGCCCGCAGGGCCCUCCUGGCCGCGCGGCCGCGGCGGCGCCGCCGCCGGGGCUGGAGCGGGAGCCCGCGCGGCAGCAGCAGGCCGUCCAGAGGCCGCUUCCCCCGCGCGACCUGUCGCCCAUGCGCGUGUCUCUGCCGGCCGACUGCCGAGGUGCCCCCGCGUUCGCCUCGGCGCUGGGCGCGCCGCGGGCCGCGUGCGUCGAGGCCUGGGGGGCCGCCGCCGCCGGGGCCGGCCGCCCCGGCGCCGCCUUCGCGGCCGCAGGGGUGGCCGCCUGCCCGGCGGCGCUGCUCUGCCAGAGCUGGAGCCCGCUGAUUCAGGGCGAUCCCUGGACGACGCCGCUCAAGGCGGGCCCAGUGGCCACCGCGCCGAUCACGCCGCCGCCGGGGCCGAGGACCGCCGGAGCCUGGUGGCAGCAGUCGGGCGGGCGCGCGUGA